GAGAAAGAGAGCAGCUGCAUGCGCCGCCCAAAUAAAACGAAAACCUCCUUUUUUUUAUAACUUUUUUAUUUAUACUCAAACUUAUCUUUUUGGUGAAUGGGAUGUCAAUUUUUAAUUAGAUUUAAUUUCUAGUUUGUAACUUUGAAGAGAUUUUAAUAUAAUUAUGAGUAUGUAAAUUUUAAUUGUUAAAAUGUGAACCAAUUGGUAACAAAAAAAUAUUGACUUUGCAUAUCAAUUUGGGACGGAGGGAGUAUGAAAAUUGAUAAAUCGUGUUGAUUUUUAAAGAAUGACUAAACUUUAAUUUCCUUAAAUACUUGGAAAAAUUGGCAUUGUUUGAUAUUAGUAUGACAUGUUACCGUCCCGUUUGAAAAUAGAACUGUACUGAACGGAUUUAGGUCUAAGACCGAACCGAACCGAACCGUUGAAUAGUCACGAUACAAGUACGGGUUCCAUCAAAUAUUGGACCGGCCGAAUGGUGCCCACCCCUAGAAUUUUGUAUGCUAAAAAUGAAACAUGCACAGGUAGCUCAGUUGGUCGAGUGGUGGGAGAUUUGGAACAAUGGACCAAGUUUCGAAUCCCCGCAGUGAUCGGGUGGAGGUCAGAGAACGUGAAAUAAGGCUGGAUCUCUGGUGCGCACGGGUGUAUGGGCCUACUGCCAUUCUGCUGACUGAGUCACCGUUCUGCUGACUGAGUCACCGUGACUAACCUCCCCACCAUCCUGUCCGGUCGGGGUGGGGCUCCUCCGGUGAGAGAUUAUUCUGGUAUUCAUUGUUUCACGAAUAGAUGAAAUUGUUUAUUUGGAUUUAGUUCUGUUCAGUUGAGCUUUAUUUUAUUUUUGUGUCAUAUAAGCGUUUGAUUUAUUGCCCACAAGUGAGCAGAGCAUUUUGCUGGCAAUGGUUGACAUGGACCUAGUUCAAUCCUUUACGCGUGCGAGGAAGUACUCCAUUCUCUUUUUCUCCAUUUCCAGAUUUUCAACCAAGCAGGCAAAAAGGAAGGGAGAAAGUGGUUAAGCAAAGAGGCUUUUGGAGGGCAUAUAGUCCACAAAGUGCGAAAGAAGAAUCUAAUUUUGAAUUUUGGGUAAUUCUAUAAUUUGUGUGCGUUGAAACCCUAACCCUUGCUUUCCCACUUUCGUCUGUGCACACAUAAUGUUAAUCAUUACUUGAAUUUUCAUAUGUAUUUUAUUGUUUAAAGUAGAAAGUAUCUAUGAUUAUGAGUGUCUUGAAAUUAUUAUGUAGUUGAUGAGUGGUGCUAGGAAUUAGUUCAAGUUAUUAACAUUAACGGUGAGAAAGAAAUAAAAAUAUGGGUUCCUCUAACUUCACAUUCUGUUCAAUGAUCUUCAGUGGAGCUAUGCUCUACUUAGGUGUAGUGGCUGAACCCACUGAAGAUAAACUUGCUCUUCUUGAUUUCAUUAAUAACAUGAGCCAUUUGAGGCGACCGAAUUGGGAGGAUAGCCUCUCUGCUUGUUCUGGCUGGGUUGGUAUCACCUGUAAUCUGAACAUGUCUAGAGUGAUAGGUGUCAAGCUUCCGGGAUUUGGGCUCUAUGGAUUAAUUCCUUCCCAAACCCUAACCCUUUUACCAGAGCUUCAGAUCUUAGAUUUGGGAAACAAUAAUAUUUCUGGUCCUUUCCCUUCUGAGCUUUCCAAGACUCAGAGUUUGACGACUCUCUGUUUGCAACACAAUCGCUUCGACGGUUCUCUCCCAGCUGAUUUCUCAAUGUGGGAAAACCUUUCCUUUCUGAAUUUGUCUAAUAACAAAUUCAGUGGGAGUAUACCUUCCACAUUCUCAAACUUGACUCGUUUGACCACUUUGAAUCUUGCAAACAACUCACUAUCUGGUAAUAUUCCCGAUCUCAAUCUCCCCAGUUUGCACCUACUCGAUCUAUCGAACAAUAAACUCACAGGAAUUUUGCCUCAUUCGCUUAUGAGAUUCAGCAGUUCAUCUUUUUCCGGUAAUAAUCUAUCUCCUGCCCCGGUUGUUGUUUCUUCGAGUUCUUCACUGGAAAAGAAGUUUGAAAAACUUAGUCACUCUGUAGUGAUGUGGAUUAUGAUUGGAGGUUGUGCUAUUGUGUCUCUUGUAAUUAUUGUCCUAUGCAUUCUUUUCUGUUCAAAGAAAGAAUAUAAAUACCUAACCUCACCAAACUCGCGCAGAAAGGGCAUUUCUCGCGAGAAGGAAAAUUUUGACAAUUCAAAUGGAAGUGGUAACAUGAUAUUCUUUGAGGGUUGUAUUGUUGCCUUUGACCUUGAAGAUUUGUUGAGUGCUUCUGCAGAGAUACUAGGGAAGGGGACUUCUGGUGUUGUGUAUAGGGCAGAUCUGGAGGAUGCUAGCACUGUUGUGGUGAAAAGAUUAAAGGAAGUGAGUGUUGGGAGGAAAGAAUUUGAGCAACACAUGAUGGUUGUUGGAGGUAUUAGGCACGAGAAUGUGGCUCCUCUGAGGGCUUACUUGUACUCUAGGGAUGAAAAGCUCAUGGUUUAUGAUUACUACAGCCAAGGGAGCGUUUCUGCAAUGAUACAUGAUCAUAGGGGUGGGAGACGAAUUCCUUUAGACUGGGAAACUCGUGUUCAAAUUGCUGUGGGUGCAGCAAGAGGCAUUGCCCACAUUCAUGAACAAAGUGGAGGGAAGUUUGUUCACGGGAACAUAAAAUCAUCAAACAUUUUCCUCAACUCUACACAUUACGGAUGCAUCUCUGACAUUGGAUUGGCCACACUAAUAACUCCCAUGUCAUCCCCUAUCACUCAAAGUGGAGGGUAUUGUCCACCAGAAGUGACAGACACUAGGAAAGCUACACAGGCAUCAGAUGUCUUCAGCUUUGGUGUCUUGUUGCUUGAACUUCUAACUGGGAGAUCCCCUCUCCAUGCCACACGUGGUGAUGAAUUUGUCCACAUAGUAAGAUGGGUGCAUUCUGUGGUUCGCGAGGAAUGGACUGCUGAAGUGUUUGAUGUAGAGCUUUUGAGGUGUCCCAACAUAGAGGAGGAGAUGGUGGAGAUGCUGCGGAUUGGGCUAGAUUGUGUCGUUAAGACUCCAGAUCAGCGGCCAAGGGUAGGAGAUGUAGUGAAGAUGCUGGAGCGUGUUCGAAGAGUGAAGUCUGGAAACCUGAGAUCUACAGAACGUUUAAAAUCCACCCCCCAGUCACCUUCUCCCAUAGCUGCAUAAAAAAUAGUAUUCACAUUGGCCUCUUUCUUUUUCGUAGUGUAUAUUUCAACAAUCUCGAUAGGUGUACACACUUUUUGUACACCCUUUAUUCUGAGAAUUCAUGUCUACUAAAUCAGUAGACACAUACAAAAACACGUCCGUGUAUCAUACAAAUCAUGUUUGUGCAUCAGUGCAUGUGUCUGUACAAAUUACACAAACUAGAACACAUUCUUAUGUCUGUGUAAUAUGUUCACAAACAUAACUCGACUGUAAGUAGAGUACAUAUUUCUCAGUUGAAGUUCUUCACAAGAACAUGUUGUGUUUGUGGCCUAAUUUAGUAAAUUGAACUAUGGUGUACAAAGAUCAUUUUUCAUAUUUCUAAAUCCCGCUCCCCUAUCAAAAUGUAAUAAACUUUUUUUUUAUUGAUGGGUCGUAAAA